AGUUGGCGGAUGCGCACAUUACGCAGUACUAAUCGGGUCGCCGAUGGUCGCAGAUGGAUGUUAUUUCCUGGAAUCGUUUAAAUUCGAACGUAAAACGACUUCAAAUUGACAAGCAUUACUUUCACCGCCGACGUCUUUUUCUGGGAGUGACGCUGCUUUUCUGUCAUGGUGGAGCCUCCAUCUGGUAACCAGUUUGAAGACAUCCAAUAUGAAGACAUCCAAGUUGAAGCGGCUGUUGGCAGGGGUACCUUUGGAGUCGUCUUCAAAGCGGUGUGGAAAGGGAAGGAUGUUGCAAUCAAGACCAUUGAGAGUGACAGCGAAAGAAAAGCAUUUCUUGUUGAGCUUCGCCAGCUCUCUAGAGUGAAUCAUCCAAACAUUGUGAAGCUAUAUGGUUCAUGUAAUAAUCCUGUCUGUUUGGUCAUGGAAUAUGCAGAAUGUGGAUCUUUAUAUAACUUCUUGCACAGUCCUGAGCCGCAGGCCCACUACACAGCUUCCCAUGCUAUGAGCUGGUGUCUGCAGUGUGCCCAGGGGGUUGCUUAUCUGCAUGCCAUGAAACCAAAGGCGUUAAUUCACAGAGAUCUCAAACCACCGAAUUUACUCCUGGUGUCUCGUUGUACUGUGCUGAAGAUCUGUGACUUUGGAACGGCUUGUGACAUCCAGACUUACAUGACCAACAAUAAAGGUAGUGCUGCCUGGAUGGCACCAGAAGUGUUUGAAGGCAGUAACUACAGUGAAAAAUGUGAUGUGUUUAGCUGGGGCAUUAUACUGUGGGAAGUCCUUACCCGCAAAAAACCCUUUGAUGAGAUUGGCGGUUCAGCAUUUUCUAUCAUGUGGGCUGUCCAUCUAGGUACAAGGCCUCCUCCGAUAAAAGACCUCCCAGAGCCCAUCGAGACACUGAUGACCCACUGCUGGGACAAAGAGCCUAACCAGAGACCUUCUAUGGAGGAGAUCAAAAACACCAUGAGCUAUCUAAUGAAGUACUUUCCAGGGUCCGAUGAACCUCUCAGGCUCCCGCAUCAAUCACCAACAAGUAGAAGUGGCUCGUCAACUGCUACAAGUACAGGCCCAUAUCCUGACUACACCAUCAGAAGUAACAAGAGUGAGGACAACACAGAAGAACUAAGCUCGUUUGGCAGAGAGGAAACCCUGAAAGGUUCUGAGUCCAGGUUUCCCCUCCAGUUCAAACAGUCAAAGACUGCUACAUUACGAACUGGCCUGUCAAGAGUGUCAAGUGGGGGCAGUCAACCACGGCGCCCCCAAAGCCCCACUUCAAGUUCCAGUCCGAUAUUUACUACCAGUCAGUCAGAGCUUAGGAUGACAAUUAGCCCACCAGCAACAAAUGGUUUCGACAGCUCCAUUCCCAAGGCCUAUCUGAAACUUGAUCAGCAGUUACAGCCCCUGGUUCCUUGCCCAAACUCCCAGGAGUCAAUGGCUGUGUUUGAGAAGCACAUUAAGAUGGCUAAUGAAUACAUCAGGGUUCAGUCAGAGAUUGCUGAACUUGUGCGGAGGAAGCAGGAGUUGAUUUCCGAGUUGGAGGAGAGCGAGAGAGAGCGCCAGACAUCAUCUCGGAUCACACAGGAGCACGGCAAACUCUUAGAGGACAACAGCAACCUUUCUGCCUACUGUCAGGUCCUAAGAAAUAAACUAAGCUUGAUCAAAGGUCAGGACCAAUAACAGUUAAAGUCGGACAGCAUAAAUGUAACAUAGCCUAUGUUAUUUUUUUAUUAUUAUGUUGUGGUCUCAUGUGGAAUCAGUCAUUAUGUGUCCUGGAUUUGGAUCUUUAUGAUUAAGUGCAUCUCAGUUGAAAGAAUUUUAAAAAUAAGAGGAUUACAUUUUUUUAAUGCAGUUUAUUUGUGAAGAAAAACCUCAAUAAUGACCAAUAUUUCCAGGAAGUAGGCAAAAUUGCUGUAAGCAGCCAUUUUAAAUGCCAGAAAUUGUUUUAACCAAUUAAAUGAGAGUAUUUCACAUAGUCCGCCAUCGCUCAUGACAUCUAAUACACCCAGAAUGUCCUAUGCUAUUGCAACAAAAAUGUUAAUUACACGCAAGCUGUCACUUUGUCGCAUAUACACUGAUUUUGCUCGGAUAAAAACUGUAUAAAACGAGAAUAUUGUUUAUUUUGCAGUAGGUAAUGCCUGACCCAGACUGACCCUUUUUUUUUUUUUUUUUUGUGGUCGUUCCCAAUGAUCGAAGUGUCAGAUUAUGCAAGUGUGUCAUUAUGUCACUGUUUGUCUUGGAACAGACAAGUUGUCACACUAUAAGACCGAAGCCUGCCUGAUUAUUCCAUACUGCCCAAAAGACCACCUUCCAACAACGAUUGUCGGUAGGCGGGACAAGCAGCAUCAAUCAGUAUUGGUGACGGAGGCACUUCGUAUCAUAAUAGUUCAACACAUUCGCUAUAGACAAGACAGGAAAAUGGGGUUCGCUUUUUGCUUUUUCUGCGUGGGGUGGAGGAACACGUGUAGGUAUCACACGGUGCCAGCAUCUGUACUUAGGAUAAACAAAACGAGCGCAAGAUGGCACACGCAACAGAAAGCACGCGCCGACCACAAAGUUACGUUAUUGGUCAAUGUAAGAGGUGGGUAUUAAAAUAUUUAAUUUACUUCGUUACAUUUAGUAGAGUAACAUUUUGAGGAAAAAAAAAAACUUCUAAGAGUAAUUUUUUACUUGAGUAGAUUUGUGACAAAGAAUCGCUACUCUUACUCCGCUACUUUAGACUACACUAGUCGUUACUCGUCUGAGACGCAAGAUCGGCAGGCGGUGGAUAUGUCACACAACACUGCAAAAACACAACUCCUUAAAAUAAGUUAAAUUCUCUCUUUCUGUGUAAAUCUACUAGAAAUAAGUAAAAUUAUCUGCCGGUGCAUCAUGUAAAUUUUACUUAGAUUUCUUGAAAUAAGAAAAAUGUCUAAUAAAUUUGUAUAUUUAAUCUUAAAAAAGCUUUGAAAUUUCAAAUGUUCUUAAUUCAAGAAUAGAUAUUGUUCAAAACAUUGUUUGAAAGCAAUUUUUUCUUGAUUUUGGUGAAAAAUGACCAACUUUUAGAUGUAUGGGCUUAAUAAAACCAAAUGGUAAUAUUUACUUAAAGUCAAUGGUAUAAUCUGACAUAAUAAUCUGUUAACUAGUCUUUAACACUCAAAACAAGAUUGAGAAAAUUAUUUGACCAGAUUUAUGAAAAGUAAUCUGAUUAUGACUGAAUAAAUUUGCCUUGCAAACAAGGUGCCGUGAAAACUCCAAACACACACACACAUCAAAAUGUCAAUCUAGUAGGCCAUAAUCUUUCCAUACUUUCAUUUGGUGUUGCUAUCUACUAAUCCCAGUCUGCUGCAGAGUAUAAUCAUUUCAUACAUGCAUUUUACUCAGGGGGGCAACGACAAGAAUAAGGCAGUCUCAAUAUGCCACAGUGGUCAGCGUUUGGCUGUACCAGGUGGAUGAAGGGUAAAUAUAAUAUCGGGAGCAAAAAAAAAAAGGCAAAAAGCAAGAGGAAUGGUAAAUGGAGAGUACUGAAAGUGCAUUUAUCGACAUUGUUACCAUGCCUAAAGCGCUUUACGUUAGCAUACAUUUACCCUUUUACUCACACAUUCACACACCGAUGGUGCUGCUGCCAUGCAAGGCACUGCCAACCCAUUGGGGGGAAAUUAGGGUUCGGUGCCUUGCCCAUGGGCACUUCGACAAUAGGCAGUCGUAGCCAGGAAUUGAACCGCUGAACCUUCGGUUCCAGGACAACGCAAGCUACCAACUGCACCACGGCCGGAAAAAAAACACUGCUAGACUCUGUUUCACUAUCCCCGAUCAAAGGCUGCAUCCAAAAUAGGAAAAACAGAUUGUGAUACUGUAACAAGUAGCUUUAAGUAGUGUGCACCUACAGUAUUUUAUUUUUGCUUCUUUAUACCUUUGUUCGAGUCUAUCAGCAUUUACGUGUUUUGCGCGAACAGUGCCUGUUAACGUGCACAAACAUCAGAAUAUUUAUCAUAGAUAUGUUACUUUAUAUACUUAUACUACACACUGUAUGAUGAACGAUUCGUCCACACCUUGAUUUCUUGUUCGCUUAUGCGGAUUCUUCUCCCAAUGAAGACGCUAAAUCCGCUGGUCAGCUCAAACUGCUCUCUCAUCCAAUUCAUAAUUUGAGAAAAGACUUCUCGCUCAAACUAAGGACCCUCAUUUGCCAUUUUAAUUUGCCUCGCGGCCCGAAAUAUAAAAGCCCAAAGCCUUCUCUUGUCUUCUGACAAAAAAUGUGUGAUUUGCAUAUUUCAAUUCUUUGAGCAACCUUAUUUCCCUUGAAGGUCAUAUACACUAAAAUAUAACUAUUGCUUUAAGACAGUGUUCGACUUUCAUUUUCUUCAGAUUUUUUGAUUACUUAUUAAUCUCCACCAGUAUAUUCUAUUGUUUACAAUAUUGUUUUAUUUGAUAUUAUGUUCAUUUUAUUUUACAUUGCUAUAUUUCCUAAUAUCAUGUUUCUUGUAUUUAUAUUGUUUAAAUAUUCACUGUACUGUAUUCACUUUGGCCCCGGAAAUAAAGGAGUAUUGUUUUUUGACAGUCUGAGUGUGCUUACCAGGGUAUCCGUGGGGUCUUAAAAAGUCUUUUUAAAAAAAAAAAAGUCUUAAAUCCCCAAAUUUGAAUUCAAGACCUUAAAUUGUCUAAUGUCUAAAUACAAAUGUGAAACGCCUUAAAAAUCUAUUGACAUUUGUAUUCAGAACAUGCUUAAGUUUAGGUCUCGGUUUUAAAUCUUUCAAUUUUUGAGGACGUUAUAGACCCUACUCACAUGACAUCACAACCACGCCUCCGCGCCAUAUUGUCCGUCAGCUCGUCGGGUUUAAGCAUUACUGCUACGUAAAUUCCUCCUAUUAUGGCGUGGUUUUCUGCUCGCUAACAUUAAUAAUCAAAAUGGUGAAGGCGUGUGUGGCGGUUGGUUGCAAUAACGGAGAAGAUAGACGGAGAGACUUGAAGUUCUACCGUAUUCCGAGAGACCCGGAGAGGAGAGCGAGAUGGACUGCUGCAAUUCGACGAGAAAACUGGGCACCAAACGAUCACUACAGAUUAUGUAGUAGUCAUUUUAUAUCUGGUAAGAUGCAUUUAAUAUAUAUUUAGAGGGUUUUGGGCUGACAACCACAAUUAAGAUCAUUGCGAGGCUAAUCGCCGACAACAUACAGUUUCAAAUUCAAGAUGCUUAUUUCUUCCACCAUCAUUAUUUUCUGAAUAAUAUUUAGCUGGUACCAAGUAAAAGAAGUUAAACAAGUGUGUCCCAACCUUUUGCAAAGGGGGCCCAGAUUUGGUGUGGUAAAAAUGCGGGGUGCUACCUUGGCUGAUUUACAUAGAACAAUAUAUUUAAAUUUUAGCAAGCCUUUCUGUGUGUCACAUUUGCGUUGUAAUUUUUUAAAUUCAUAAUUUCAACAAUCUCGUCUUUUUGGCGUUCUCUUUCGACACUCGGGCUCUUGCGAAAUACUGCUGCUGUGAAAUUAAACUAGCUUCAAGUUGCUAUAAUUUCUCGCUGCGUAUCUUCCCUGUAAUGUUUUCGUACAUGUCAGCGUGUCUUGUUUGGUAAUAUUGCGUCACAUCGAACUCUUUGAAAACAGCGACUGUCUCUUUGCAAGUGAGGCAGACACAGUUGUUGCGUGUUUUAUUGAAGAAAUAGUCCAAUAUCCACCUAUCCUUGAAGCGUCGGCCAUCGCAGUCAACUUUUUUUUUUUAUUGAUUGUUUCCAUUUUAGAAAAUUGAAAGUAAAGGGUCACACGGGGUAAUGUUGCUUAGAGUGCUGCUCUUAAAGUGUUUCAAACUUUCGUGAGAAUAGGCUGAUUUUGUGUGGACAAGAUAGUUGUAGAUAUCAGGGUAGCAGAUGUAAGUCAGAGAGGGCGAAGACAGCGGGUCGAAAAAUAUCGAUUUAGGCAUCAAAUAUGGAUCUGGCGAAUGGAUAGACUGAAGCUUUUCCAAAUAACGCCUUUUAUGCAACGCAUCCAAUGAGUUUACAGCGUCUGAAAGCACCGGGGCUUCCAUGAAUUACACUAUAAAUUGUACAACAAAUUGAAACCAUUGAGAAUACGGAUAAACACUGACGGACAAUAUGGCGGCCGGAUACAGCGACACGUCAUUCUGUGACGUUGGUGAGUAGGGUCUAUAACGUAACUACGAAGCGGAAGUAUGGGUGCUGCCCGGUCAGAAUUUAUCGAACACAAGCAGAUUUUGCUGUGCACGUGCAGAGCGGAGAAAAUUUAGCAGAACCGAUUUACAGUAAUUACAUACAUGCAAAACUCCAGACUGCAACCAUAUGGUCGCAUGUUGCGACUAAGAUUAGAGCUAGUGCUAGUAAUUUUUUCAUCUACUCGCACAUGCGCGACGAGUAACAUUGUGUUUUUUUUUUUUGUUUUUUUGUUUUGCUGACCAACUCCUUCACAGUUAAAUCUACUAUUGGCGGUAAUGUAAUGUGCUGGUUUUCCAAGGGAAAAUGCAACAUUAGAAAAAGAGGGGUGGGCGAUGUGCGGAGCAACUUAUAAUUGGGGUAGCGGGUAAACUUGACAGCACUUGCGGACAAUGGUGAAAAGGACAGUAAGUGACUACUUUCUUUCUAACAAAUCCGCUGGCACUGUCUCAAAGGAGGCCGACGGGGGAAUAAGUCCGAUGCGCGUUCGACUCACGGGAGGCGAUGAGCGAUGGCGAAAUGUGAAAGUAAUCGCCGUUGAGCUGAAAGCCAACACAUGGAGCGCGGCGCGACUGCAGCGACAUGCACUGCCCUAUAUGCCUGUGCGUCAUCACUCUGAUUAGCUAUGAAUUUUGAGGGCAUUUUAAAAUUUCCGGGCUUCUCUGAAUGCCAACAACUUCCCACACUUCUGCUUUUUAAUGAAUGUCCCGAAAAUCAUGCUAAGAGGUAUCAUAACGUAUGGGCUAGUUGCACACUGCUAAAAUGAUACGCUCCUCCAUGUUGACAAAGUUUCGUGUAGACAGGGGCGCCGUAUAGAGUGAAAAGUGAUACUGAUUCUAAGGGCCCAUGCUCUGAUGGGGCCCCACAAAGAAAAUGAGAACAUUAGGUAAUCGUUUGCAAAUUUAAAUAUUAAUCAUUUCAAUUUUAAUAGGAAUAAAACAAAGGUUUUCUUUUUCUUGUUUUGUUUUUGGCAAAAAGUAAACACCCAGAGGGCAUAUGUAUUCCCAGGCACCACCCCCCAGCCCCCGUAUUUUCAUUAAAUGGUUUGGUCCGCCCUUCCUACAAUCAGACCGGGAGCAGCGGUGCGCAUUUACACCAGUCAAGACUCUGAGUGCACAGAGCGCGGUACUGCAGAAAUGUUUUCAAAACAAAAAAUGGGUUUCAAAGGAGGAAAGAAAAGAAAGCAAAACAGGAGAUGGGUAGAAAAGGCCAACAGGAUUUGACAAAGUACUUCACAAAGGAAGGUUUGAGUCUUGUGUCAGUGUAAUGCUGAAAAUUAACCUGUUAUUUUAGCUCAGAAGCGAGGUCCCAGUUCACUCUGUAAGAAAUACGGAUUUUCCCGGCCAUGAGCGACAUUCACCUAUUAAAAAACAUGAAUUCCAAAUAAUGACGGCAUUUUUUGGUAUCCUACAGAUG